CACGUGACACUUAACGAACAACCAAGUCAGAUGACUGUCACCUGUGUAACAAAUUAACAACCCAAAGAACCCCUUCCAUUAUCUCCAGCAUCGGCCAACGGACUACAAAUAACACAUCCAGUAACCUAUUGCAUCUUAGUUAUAUUUGGACCAGAACUGCUUUACGUUUCCAAUCGGCCCCUUUCUAGGCGACUACCACAGCCAUGGCUAAGUUCUCGAAUAGCAACAGUAAUACCUUCAAUCAGUUACAGCGAUUUCCCGACAAAGCUCUCCAGACUUCUGCACUUGCGAGCUGCUACAGUGUCAACACGUCAACAUCGAGAGUUAAUGGUUUCCAUUACUACACUACGACUGGGGCUGGAGCCCAGUGGUAUCCCUGAGGUCCCCUCAGGGUCGAAAACCUUGUCUCCAAGCCCCCCGCCUGAUCUCUCUACCCAUACAGGAAUGGAGAGCAGUUUUUCAGGUAACAUUAUACCCGAAUACAAAGAGGGGGCGGCGCAUACUAUCCCGGAAGAGUGUGAGAGGCUCUUCUGCGACACAUUGUCUGUGAUUUUCCUUGGUGAGCGGAUUAUCUCUGGACAAGAGUCGCUUGGGGCAGGUGCGUAUCAAAUUCAACCGAGUAACUCAGGUUACGAGCAUAGCCGAAUUCAAGAGUGGAUUGAGGUGUUGGACUAUACAAGUGAUUGUAUCUACCGAGGAUUCAUGACCAGUUCGAAUGACGAGCGCACCCUAUUCAUAUUCUUCCGUGAACGUGCACUUGGCCAAGGUCUCAAGACUGGAUUAAUUGCUCUUUUUGAGCUAGCAAGUCUCCCUGAAUUUGGGUGCUCUCAGAUUGUUGCAUGCAUUCCGCGUUCGCAAGAUGCAGCAGAGCUCGAAGUUGUGAGGAAUUUGGGUUGGUGCGGAUUUAACUUGACAACACUGCAACCGUGGAGCACUCGAGAUUGUGUCGAAUUGUCACUUAGUGCUGAAUGGCUUUUUUUGGGUGCUGAAGUUUAGCAGUGCGACCCUUACUUUGCAGCAAGUUGAAAUAGUACAUUGUAUGUUGUCAGAUUGGUGCUUCCGCUCCUUGAGGGUUUAAUGUUGAUUGAUGUGCUGGUUACUUUCACUACUAGAUACUUUCAGUGGGGCACAAUAUAAUGGAUUCAAUUGCUAUUGGC